AUGAACUCGACACAAGCCGGUUCGUGUUCCGCAGAAAAGAAUGAGGACAGGUUUCUCUACUUAAAGGAGAUUGCAGUCGAUUUCACGCGUGCACGCCCAAAUUACAAGCUCCAAGUCAAGCUCAAGGAUGAAAUGAAAACGCGGUAUGAAUCGAAAGUGUUUGGGGAAGCAGAACCCGUGCGAUGGGAAUGCAACAUAUACGUGAAAUCUCCGAGCAUGGCUACGAUGACAGUUCAAGGCUCCGAUUGGAUGCCCAGAAGAAACGAGACUACGAAGUUGCAGAUAGACUUUGGGUCGACUGAUUUCCGUGAAAGUAACACGGCCGAACUCGAUGAUGUGAGCCACAGCAUUCGCGUCAAGCUAACAUUCGGGAUCUCAGGAAAGAACAUCAAUGUUGCUCGAUUGCUUGCCGGCAAGGCUAUCUCCGCUCUCUCAACAAAGAUUUCUAUGCUGGAGAAAAUGGAUAGGGUGCUUGGCUAUCUCGAACUUGUUGUAAAACUCGGAGUCGCUGCCUCUGAGCUUAAUCCUCGUGCAAAAGCUGCUGUUGCUGGCCUCAACGUAGCCUUCCGGAACUUCCAAAAGAUUCCGACGUGUCAUCGCGAGUUUGUGGGUAUUAUGGACGAUAUUGUUCUGAUACUACCUCUGCUUGAAUCGUUGCAUAAACGUGUUGAGGAUGAAGCCGUACGAGCUAUCCUAAAGAGUUUCAUUGAUUUCAUUGAUGGUAUAUCUCGAGAUCUUUUCAAAUAUUCUUCUGGGUCGAAACUCAAGUUUGUGGUGCGCAACUGGUACAAGUCCAAGCAAAAUGAGGUCUCGGAAUUCAGGUCUCGACUGAUACAGCUGUGCUUAACAUUGAACAUUGGUAUUUCCAAUGCCAUUCAUCAUCGUCAGCUUUCAGCAGAAGAAAAAAAGGCUCUGCGGCGAUUAAGACCGCCUGAGAAGAGCUCGUUCGACGUGAAGCGCUGUUGUCUCCGAGGCACAAGGGUUGAUGUACUGCGAAGAAUUGAUGGGUGGACAUGUUCGACAGACGGAUAUGAACAGCUUUACUGGAUUCAUGGCGUUGCAGGGUGUGGAAAGAGCGCGGUUGCGGCAUCUAUUGCAUCUGAGUUGGACUCGCGAAAAGUUCUAUCUGGAUCUUUCUUCUGCAGCAGGGAUAUUCCAGAGCGCAGGAGUUCAACCCGGGUUGUUCAUGCUCUGGUAUAUUUCCUAGCCAGAGCCAUUCCACCUUUCAAAGAUCAUCUACUCCGGCUACUGAAGGACGAUCCCGACUUCAUGGAGAAACCAAUAUCAACCCAGGCCAGAGCGUUGCUUUCGUAUUCCUACGUGGGAGCUUCCGAUUGCACACAAUCCGAACCUAUCAUUGUCGUCAUUGACGCCUUGGACGAGUGUGGAGAGAACGAAGACGCGGCUUCAUUCAUUGUGGGAAUAAUCAAGCUAGUACCGUCUCUCAAAAUCAUCGUAACAAGCAGGCCCCUUCCGCAGAUCCAAGACAAAUUAAAGCAAAAUGAAAGACUGGUUACUUGCAAUCUAUUUGAAGUAGACGCUUUCGAGGACAUCCUACGGUUCACGCACAAAGAAUUUCGGUGCAACAAAGGACUACCUAGAGAUUUCUCCGAGGACCAGAUUGAGGCUCUCGCUCGGAAAGCUUCGGGGCAUUUCAUAUGGAUUACGACCGUUCUGAAGCAUGUCAGUAGUCAGCUCCGGAAAAAACGAGAGGUUUUGCGCGGAAUACUUGCUUCGACACCGGACGGAGAAUCUGAAGAAAAGAUCGACGCUCUGUAUCGACAGGUUCUCGAUGAUGUCUCCGGGAGGCCUGAUAACGUCUCUAAAAAGUCUCAUGAUAUCUCCAAGAACAAGAAGUCUGACGAUCGUCUGAAUACAAUACGACUACUCAUUGGACUUGUGUUCGUAACGUCGAGGAACAAGCCGCUUCCGGCAGAGGCGUUGCAUGCAUUGGUUCCUUCCGAGUUCGAACUGGAGGAGCUAACCGGGUGUUUGCAAAAACUGGGUUCGGUAAUUACUGCGGAAACCCGGACGGGUGCUAUCCGAGCCUGUCAUCCUUCAUUUCUUGACUUCGUAGGCAGUCAGGAAAGAGCCGCAGAUUAUUGGAUGGAGAGUUCGGUGUUGGAUAUGAAACUGGCAGAGGGAAGCCUUGAUAUUAUGGCGUCGGGACUCGAGUUUAACAUUUGUCAUUUGGAGACCUCACAUCUUCUGAAUGGCGAAGUCGGCGACCUUGCGGAUCGUAUAAGAGGAUAUAUUUCCUACGAGUUGCAGUAUAGCUGCCUAUACUGGCUGGAUCACUUGUCGAGAUCUGGAGUCGAUGGAGCACGCGAAAUGACAAUAAAGCAGAAACUUCGUGAGGUAUUUUGCCAGACGAAAUCGCUAUACUGGCUCGAAGUGUUGAGUCUGAUGUCCGAGCUCAAGACAGCGACAUCAUGUCUUCGAAAUUUUCCUCGAUUGGUCAAGUGGAUAAACACAGACGAGGAACUGCGAAAGGUCAUUACGGACUUAUACCGAUUCGUGAUGGCGUUUCAUGAACCGAUGGCAAUGACUACGCCACAUAUAUACAUUUCAGCAUUAUUGUGGGCGCCAUCCAGGUCUGUUACUGCAGAAUCACAGUCCCAGAGAUUCAUCAGCGGAGAAUUGGUAUUGGAAGGCCUUGAAUUGCGUUGGCCAACGGCGUUGCGAACGCUGUCGGUGAGCUCCCAUGUGACUUCGGUCACAUAUUCACAAGACGGACGUCGCAUCGUCUCUGGGUCUCAUGACUCGACCAUUCGCAUCUGGGAUGCUGAGACAGGUGCUCCAAUUGGUGAACCACUUCGAGGGCAUGAAGAUUCGGUCUCGUCGGUUGGAUAUUCGCCAGAUGGACAUCGCAUCGUCUCCGGGUCUGAUGACAAGACCAUCCGCAUCUGGGAUGCUAUCACAGGUGCUCCGAUUGGUGAACCACUUCGAGGGCACGAAGAUUCGGUCAAUUCAGUUGGAUAUUCGCCAGACGGACAUCGCAUCGUCUCCGGGUCUGAUGACUCGACCAUGCGCAUCUGGGAUGCUUCGACAGGUGCUCCGAUUGGUGAACCACUUCAAGGGCAUGCACAUUCGGUCUUGUCGGUUGGAUAUUCGCCAGACGGACGUCGCAUCGUCUCUGGGUCUGAUGACAGCACCAUGCACAUCUGGGAUGCUUCGACAGGUGCUCCGAUUGGUGAACCACUUCAAGGGCAUGGAGAUUCGGUCUCGUCGGUUGGAUAUUCGCCAGACGGACGUUACAUCGUCUCCGGGUCUUAUGACAAGACCAUUUGCAUGUGGGAUGCUUCGACAGGUGCUCCGAUUGGUGAACCACUUCGAGGGCAUGAAGAUUGUGUCAAUUCGGUUGGAUAUUCGUCAGACAGACAUUGCAUCGUCUCCGGGUCUUAUGACAAGACCAUCCGCAUCUGGGAUGCUUCGACAGGUGCUCCGAUUGGUGAACCACUUCGAGGGCAUGAACAUUCGGUCUGGUCAGUUGGAUAUUCGCCAGACGGACAUUGCAUUGUCUCCGGGUCUGAAGACUCGACGAUCCGCAUCUGGGAUGCUAUCACAGGUGUUUCGAUUGGUGAACCACUUCGAGGGCAUGAACAUUUGGUCUGGUCGGUUGGAUAUUCGCCAGACGGACAUCGCAUCGUCUCCGGGUCCUAUGACAAGACCAUCCGCAUCUGGGAUGCUAUCACAGGUGUUUCGAUUGGUGAACCACUUCGAGGGCAUGAAGAUUCGGUCUUGUCGGUUGGAUAUUCGCCAGACGGACAUUGCAUCGUCUCCGGGUCUGAUGACUCGACCAUGCGCAUCUGGGAUGCUUCGACAGGUGCUCCGAUUGGUGAACCACUUCGAGGGCAUAAAUAUUCGGUCUCUUCGGUUGGAUAUUCGCCAGACGGACGUUGCAUCGUCUCCGGGUCUUCUGACAAGACCAUCCGCGUCUGGGAUGCUUCGACAGGUGCUCCGAUUGGUGAACCACUUCGAGGGCAUAAAUAUUCGGUCAACUCGGUUGGAUAUUCGCUAGACGGACGUCGCAUCGUCUCAGGGUCUGGUGACGGGACCAUGCGCAUCUGGGAUGCUUCGACAGGUGCUCCGAUUGGUGAACCACUUCGAGUGCAUGUAUCUUCGAUCUCGUCGGUUAGAUAUUCGCCAGACAGGCGUCGCAUCGUCUCCAGGUCUUCUGACUCGAUGAUUCGCAUCUGGGAUGCUAUCACAGGUGCUCUGAUUGGUGAACCACUUCGAGGGCAUGUAUCUUCGGUCUCGUCAGUUGGAUAUUCGCCAGACGGGCGUCGCAUCGUCUCCGGGUCUUCUGACAAGACCAUCCGCGUCUGGGAUGCUAAUGCUCAUCUUGUUGCAAGAGAGCUACAUAAAUCUCAAGGUGGUUGGCUGGGAUUCUCACGGGACGGAAAGUAUGCCUUGUCUAGUUCUCAUGAUGAUAAUACGCUUUUGCGUAUUCCUCCAUCCAUCCCGACUGACGGAUGGAUUCGAACCUCGGAGGGAGGUCUCUUGCUCUGGAUUCCUCAUGAAUAUCGGAAUGGAGUUUGUGACAUGAGCCUUUAUACCCUUCCACGUAAUGCACCUGGCCAUCCUGUCAGGAUCGAUUGGUCAAGGCUUCCGCAUGGAACUGUAUGGACUUCUGUGAAAAGAGAUGAUUAAAGCAAGUUGAACUCUUGGUUUCUUCUUGUCGAACUUUGAUACGUAUUGGACAGUAAUGUACCGUUACUUUAGAAAUAUCCUCC